AUGGUAGCGACUGUACCAGUGACACAGCUUGCCCAAUACGUCCCCUACCCCUGCCUGUCUAGCAUGGGCCCUUUCCUCGUGUUCCGAUCGCCGACUCCUGGUCUCGGUUCCGCGCGAGUACCGGAUUCGUCCCAAGGAAUUGUGUCGUCGGCGGCGGCUGCGGGGUUCGUUUGCUCUCCGACUCUUUCGCUGCACCAAUCCAGCUCCCAUCCGACGCGCAGUCUCGAAUGGUCGUCGACCGAAACAUCUCUAAAAAGUACGCCAGCAGACGAAAAUGAAGACAUUCAGGGCAUUUCUGACCUCAAGUCAUCGUUGAGUGGUAUGUUUCGCGUGAAUUCGAGAACGCCCACGCCGGUGUACGGGGGGGAUCCCUCCAUGGGACUAUCCCCGUCGGACCUGGAAGCCUAUUUUGCCCAACGCCAGAUCGAGAUCGAUGCAACUGCGACCAGCAUCAGCAAUAGCAGUCAUUCGCCACACAUUUCCAAAAAUUCUACAUCAUCCGAUGAUAUCGAAGGUGUUUAUUUGGAGCCCGACGUGUACGUGCAAUCCCAAAAGUGGAUGCAACCGGACGGAGCCCUCCGGGGCGUCGUCGACGAUCGCACCUGGCAGUCGGUCGAUCGGCGGUACAAACAAGUCGCACGUACACUAGUACAGCAAGCUCCCUAUUCUCCGGAUACAACUUGGAAUAGUGGUAACGCCGAUGGUAACGAUAACAUUAGCUUGGAUGAUCUAUGGGCGGCGGUACAAAACCAAAAUACGGUCGACGCCUCCAGCACCCUUUCCGAGGAUAUACAUCGGAAAGUGUUCGAAGCAGAGCAAGGAUUUUUGGAUCAGAGUGAGACUUUUCGCCAAGCAUUGGUGGAUAGUAGCAAAGCUUCGGAAGCCGCAGCCUUGCGCCACGGAGCUAAAUUUCAAGAGCGGCAGAAAGAAGCCAUUGACCGAUUGAAUGUACAGAUAGCCGACUUCGAGGCAGAACUUAAGGUGACUACACCAGCUCAUCCUUCAUCCCUGGAUUUUACAGCACAGCCACGGUGCCGAAAGUGCUUUUGUCGACUUGGAGAAGAGGAAGUGAGGAGUGCUACAACUUCAAACGGAUUCUGCCAAGUUUGUCAUGCGGAUGAUAUCGUGGAAAGGAGCCGACAAGAGACAGCCCAGGCCAGUGCCGAUCAAAAAAGGCUAGCAACACAAAAGCGACGAGAAGAAAAAGGAAGGAAAAUGCCGUCAAGCCAUAGAGGAUACGACAAGCAGACGAGCGAUUUGCGGGAGGACGGUGUAAGUCGGCCUUUUCCGCAAACGACUCUCGGCCGUAGUGCCCCCAAUAGCCACGCGCAACCUACUCGGACAAAAUGGCCGCGUCGCGAUUCUCUACCGGGAUACAAUGCACAUGAAAGGAGAGGGCUUCCUCCAGGAACCCGUUCGUUGUCCUCCGCGACACCUAUUCCCAAAAGUCCGUCACCAGUGGCGAGUACUCUGGCGGAAAAGAAGCCGAAGAAAAUUGAGUCUGAACGUUCGGAAUCCAUGGUCGAGACCCAAGCGCAAUCUUCCAUUCAUUCGUGGGCUGAGGUUGCUGACGAAGACACCGACGAGAAUUCUUAGUGGAACGAAGAAACUGAAGAAAUGCGAUGGGAUUCGUCGACUUUAUGGCAAACGCGUGAUCGCUCUAAUUUGUACAUAAGUGGAUAGAGCUUACUUUGUUAGAG